AUGAAAAUCAUAACAUAUGAAGUAUAUGGUCUGAAUAUAUAUCAUUUAUACUUGAAUAUAAUUUACUACGUGCCAUCAGAUACCUCAAUAUAUAAAGAAUUCACAUAAUAUCAAAAAAAUAUAAUAAUAGACACAAUUGUUUGGUCACAAGUGAGUGAUGUCUCUUAGUCACUGAUAAUUAAGAGAUGAUCAAAUACUAUUUAUAUAUUGAAUUAUGUUGAUAUUUAAAGUGACAAAUAGUGGAAAAUAAGAGUAGAAUCUCACCUUAAUAAUCUUUCAAUCACCAAGAGAGGGUUUUAUAAGGUAGAAAACACUUAUAUAAUAUGGUUGGGGUUUAUACUAUAUCAAUAGAUAAUUGUAAUGACACAAAAGAAAUCCUUUAAAUAAUAGCAAGGGAUCUAUAGGAGAAGAUGAUUCAAAAGAAACAAAAAAAUAUUCAUUCAAGCAACAAGAAUCAAAUACAAUGAAAAUACUUGGCCAAAACAAGCGUUCUUCUAGGAAUGAUAUCUAGAGAACAUUAAGUGGGCUCCAAAGUAGAUCUUGAACUUGCUUCCUCCCUCUAGAUCUUAAAUGAAUCCUCAAAAAUGUAAGCUUGCUCCUCUCCUCUCAAGAGUGUCAUUCUCUCUCCUCCACAGGCUGUUUAUAUCUUGAUAGCUUUAAAUUUCAACCCUUGGAUGAAGAGAGAGAGGGAUUAAUCUCAACUGUUUAGGCUACUCUCCCUCCUAGGGUUUGGUCUUCUCCCCCUCUCCUUGGAUGGUUGGCCAUCCCCUUUCCUUGAUGGCUAGGUGUGCCCCUUCCUUGGAUGGCUAAGCGUCCCCCUUCCUUGGAUGAUUGGCUGUCCAGCUUCCUUAGAUGGCUGGCUAUCCACCUUCCUUGCAUGGUUGGUCAUGGCGGCAACCCAUGUGGGAGAGCUGUGGCCUCUCAUAG